AUGGGCUCGGUCGCCAUGCUGCUGUAUUUUUUCUUGCUGUCCAUUAGCCGCGUACUCGCUUGGGGCGAGCAUGGUCACCGGACGGUCGGCUAUCUCUCACAAAUGUACUUUACCACCGAGGCUGAAAACCUGUUCAACAAACUCGUGCAACCCAACGACGAUUUCGACAUUUCCGACGGGGCCGUGUGGGCAGACAGCUUUGCUACUCAGAGUAAAAUGCCCUGGUCCAAGCCAUGGCACUACAUUGAUGCCAAGGACGAACCACCCAAGAAGUGCAAAGUGAAUUUCAACGCCGAUUGCGAUUCUGUAAAGAACUGUGUCGUCGGGGCCAUCACAAACUUGACCAAGCAAGUCAACAACCCCAGGUUGAGCACGAAAGACCAGAGCGCCGCCUUGAAGUUCCUCCUCCAUUUCCUGGGCGACAUUACCCAACCGUUACACACCGAGCAGAAGUGCCGAGGCGGUACGAGACUCAUGGUGCAAUGGGGUAAAGCGGGCUCCCGCGAGGAAGAUCUGCAUCAAGUCUGGGACAAGCUCAUCAUCCAAAAGCUUCGAGAUUACAAGAAGCCCAGCGGGAGUGACCCAGACAAUGGAUACGACAAGAAACUCUCGCUGAAAUGGGCUCAGGAGCUCAAGAGCAAGCUUGACGGAGGCAUAUUUGACCUUUCCGAGGAGUGUACUGACAUUAGUAAAGCACAGAAGUGUGCCUUGACGUGGGCGUCUGAGGCGAACAGCUACGUGUGCAGCUAUGUCCUCAAGGACGUCGGCACCAACACAGGGCCGGAUCCAUGCGAGGAGUGCUGUGAGUGGGAUUGGCAGGGCCCGGAGGACUUGUCAAAGGAAUAUUACGAGGGCGCUGUUCCCAUCGUCGAGGAGCAGGUCGCCAAAGCGGGAUGGAGGCUCGGACAGUGGAUCAAUGGUUUAGCGGUACAGCGAGUCCAGAUGGAAAUGGCGGGCGUGGUGUUUGGCGACGAUAAGGUCUUGCAGGUCCAGCCGAAGGAGGAAAUCUGA